AUGUGUUCUCACGGGCAACUGUAUACCCCCCACCGCUUAUUUUAUUUUCAUUAUUCUAUUGGCUUAAUAUUCAUCUGUUCUCACGGACAAUACACAAUGUAUACCCUCUCGCUUAUUUUAUUUUCGUUUCCCUGUAGGGUUAAUAUUUGUCUGUUCUCACGGGGAACUGUAUACCCUCCCGCUAAUUUUAUUUUCAUUUCCGUCUGUUCUCACGGACAAUACACAGUGUAUACCCUCCCGCUUAUUUUAUUUUCAUUUCCGUCUGUUCUCACGGACAAUACACAGUGUAUACACUCCCGCUUAUUUUAUUUUCAUUUCUCUAUAGGCUUAAUAUUCAUCUGUUCUCACGGACAAUGCACAAGGUAUACGCUGCGGCUUAUUUUAUUUUCAUUUCCCUGUAGGGUUAAUAUUUAUCUGUUCUCAAGGGCAACUACACCCCCCCGCUUAUUUUAUUUUCAUUACUCUAUAGGCUUAAUAUUCAUCUGUUCUCACGGACAAUGCACAAUGUAUACACUCCCGCUUAUUUUAUUUUCAUUUCCCUGUAGGGUUAAUAUUUAUCUCUCCUCACGGGCAACUGUAUACCCUCCCGCUUAUUUUAUUUUCAUUUCUCUAUAG